UUUAUCUUUUUUGUUCAUUUCAGACAGACUAUGUACGUUAAAUCCAAUAAGUAUCAAUACUAGAGAACUAUGUUUCUUUAUUGAUAUGUCUGAAAUAUAUCUUUCUAUGAUACUCCGAAAACUAAUUUCUGAAUAUUGCACUAUGAAAAAAGUAACAAUAGAAGAUAUAAUCAAAGAUGAAAAACACGAUCUUUAUCAUAAACGGAUCAAAACAGAAUCGUGCUGUAAAUGCAGUACAAAGCAAUCUUCUACUUUCGUAAAAGUCAUUUCAGAAAAGCAAUGGGAUGCAUUGUAUGAGAUAAGUUUGAGUAGUAAUUCGCAUUCAUGCCAAUUUAAUCUUAAAAAGUGCAGUGAACGAUUUGUUCCCAAAACGAUAAACCCGAGCGAUCUGUCAGAGAUUAUGACAUUGGUUCUUUACUCAACAAAUAUCAUGCACUAUAUUGUUAGUCGAUUAUUUAGCAAAGGAUUCAUGAAGUUUCUUUUGGACCACCAGCAUACACUUUACCAUUCUAUGGACAAAAAAAUGUGCUGUAAGUGUAGAAAGUCACCUACUGAAGAAAUAUUAAUUAACAAGGAAGAAUGGAACGCACUUUUUUUGAAAAAAAAUGAUAUUUUUUGCAAGAAUAAUACUACAAAUUGUUGUUGCCAGUACACAGUUAGACAUAGAAUCAAAUACUCAGACAUUGACGAAACCGUUUUAUUCAAAAUUGUUUAUCUCGCGGGUCCAAUUGGUGUUCUUAACAAAAUUAAGGAAAAUGCGUUUUCAUCCUUUAUAAUAUGGACAGUUGAUGCCGAUCCUUUACGAAGAGCGUUAACAGAAUCAUUAAACAUUAUAGAAGAUAAAUUAUUUCGCUCUGAUAUGAUACGACGUACAUCAUCAUUUCAUCUGACACAAUCAUACGAAACUGAAACAAAAUUUGAUGAUGCAAAUAAAUGGCUGUCUAAACACCUCCGCAAACAAAAGGCAACAACAGAACCACCACUUCAAAUUGUUGUACGCGAUAAAGAUGCUUUGCGUGUAAGAACUGUACACAUUCCUCACGAUUUAACACUUCUUCACAGAACUCGAAACUUCACAGACAUCACUUCUGAAGAAAACAAUUUCCUAGUUGUGGUUCAUGGACUAUCCAAAAUAGUAUAUCCUAUAGUUAUCAAUGAAUUUAAUACACACUGUCGUAAUCAUAUGUUAGAUACAAUCCGAAGAGAUAUAUUCGAACAGCACUGUAAAACGCCGAUUCAUGGUAAACAUAGAGAUCAAAGAAGAAGAAUGUACCUUUCACAGAAACAACAAGAACAGCUUUUUUCGGCGGGAAAGGAAAAGUCAAAGAUCGUUGAUUUGAAAUUAAUGAUCUACAUUUUAAAAGAAAACACAAACAAAGAAGAGAAAGGAGAUUAUUGUGAACAAUUAGACGUCAUCGAUGAAAUAAGAAGAGAAAUUGUACAAAGCAGCAGUGGCAUGUUAAAUGAUAAACGGUUUCAGGAAACAAUGGAACGCAUUCGAAGGGCAGUAUUGCAAUUAGGAGGACAAAGUUAUGUAGACAAACUAUCAAGUAUCCAGCGUACACAGAAUAUUUUAGGAGCUGUAAAUAUGGAACCAAAGAUAACAUUAUACGAAAACAAGAAUUUCAGGGGGAGAAGCCAAGAGAUAACAGAUUCAUGUCCAAAUUUACUUGACUUUGGCUUCAACAACAUAACAUCGAGCGUAAAGUGCGACAGAGGAGUCUGGAUACUUUACAAGAGAAAGAACUACGAAGGAAAUAUAUUCGUAAUCCAGGAAGGUGACGUGUAUAAUAAAUUAUCAAAGUAUUUCAACAAUAGAGCGUCAUCUGUAAAAUUGAUAGGCGACUACGAUUUCACAGAGGAGCCAGAAUGUAUAGUAUAUGAAAACAAUUUUUCUGGGCGGUCUCUGACAUUCAUCGAUGACGUAGAGAACUUAAAAUGGUACAAAUUUGAUAACAGAAUGUCAUCAAUUGUGGUUAAAACAGGCGCUUGGAUUGGAUAUAGAUACCCUAAUUAUGAUGGAGAGCAAAGUUUGUUUUUGAAAGGGAAGUAUACAGCAUCUAUAAAAGCAAAUGACGAAGGUGGAUUCAAAAAUGACAGGAUUUCUUCGUUUAGCAAGAUAAUGGUGAAACCGUCACCUGAAGGUAAUAUGACGCUACUACAAAUUGAUUAUGACUUGGAAAGAGCAAAUAUAGUCAGGACUCCCACGUCUGUCUUCAGCUGGACUCAAGUGAAUAAUACCUCAGUAGAACAGACAGUGACAAAAACCGACGAAGUUACGAUACAAAGAGAAGAUACAUAUGAGUUUAGAUGGGACAGAGCAGCUAAAGUAUCUAGUAAGUGUGUUUCAUCAAAGUUUUUCUAA